AGCGUGGAGUGGGCAGAUGAAAAGAGCAGUUGCUCAAGUCUCAGCAAAACCAACUAACUUUCUAGAGAACCUUUUAGCGAGGCUUUAUCAUUACUACCUUAACUUGGAAUAUUGAUUUCUUUUUAUUUGCUUAAAAAAACCACCCUUGUGCUAGCACUUAUCAGGUAGUUUAUUAUUUAAGUACAGGUAGGUGGGUUACAGAUUUACUGAAUGCCUCACUGAAAGAUGGAAGACAUUGAAAACUAUACCACUCUACAAGAGUUUACAGAAGAAAUCUCCCAUAAUGGAAACAAACCUAUACUCAACACAUUGCAGGGCAAACAAGGUGCCAAAAAAGGCAUAAACUGUUUGAAAGAUCAGACUUCUCUCGUCCUGUUUGUGGCUCUGUUGGCCUCAGUUUGCGUAAACAUAGCACUCGGCGUCCUCUCAGUAAACAGAUCAUCUCCCACUGCAGAGCCAGCCAGAAAUGAAGCGUCUAAAGCUGCCUCUCUUUCUCUCAAACUUACUGCCAUGGAAGAACGUUUCUCACGCCUUUGCUCUGAGUACACAACUCUAGGAAAGACAUGCUCAAAAUCAGUGAUUCAGUGUAUGCCAUGCCCAGAGAAUUGGCUGCAUUUGGAAGGGGGGUGUUAUUUCUUUAGUGAGGAUAAACUUGACUGGAAACACAGCAAGGAGAGCUGUGCAUCUAUGGGUGGCCAUCUAACUAUACUACACAGCCAUGAACAACACCACACCCUGGAACGUGUAGCACGCGAUCGUGCUGGAUUUGACUAUCAUUUUUGGAUUGGUUUAUCAGAUGCUGAGACUGAGGGAGUGUGGAAAUGGGUGGAUAACACAGUUGUUAAUAAGACGUUCUGGAAUGAUUGGCAUGAAGAGCCGAAUAAUCACCGGGCGGGUGGGGUUGGUGGUGAAGACUGCGCGGUUCUCGACUCGCGCUCCAAAACCUGGUUUGACGUGCCGUGUGAUUUCAAUUACAAACGCAUUUGUGAGAUGGAUUCGAUCAAAAUCAACGUAUGAAUGUAGAAGUGUGCAAAAAAAACUUUUUUAGAAAGUCUGUAGCGUAUGGUUUGUAAAAAAUAAAGUGUAUAUUGACCUGUCUUUUUAAUAAACGAUUUUAAAACUAAA